AUGAGCUGGUUCGGCCUCAGCAAACCUUCUACCGCCGCGGAACCCGACGAGCCAAAGACCGUCCGUGCUCUGCCCGCGAUAUGGUACCGCUCUCCAGCCAUGUACGAGCUGGAGAGGCGCGCCAUCUUCUCCAAGCGGUGGAUGCUCGUCUCGCACAAAGUGCGCUUCGUCGAGGCAGGCGACUUUGUGCAGGUCACCGAGGCGGGCUUCAACUUCUUCCUCGUUAAGGACCGCAAAGGCGAGAUCAGGGGUCACCACAACAUUUGCCGGCACCGCGCGUAUCCUCUGGUGGAGAAGGAUAGCGGGCAUAUGAAUGUGCUUGCUUGCAAUUACCACGCGUGGUCGUAUGGUUUCGACGGGAAGCUGGCCAAGGCACCAAAGUACCAGGAGCUGCCUUCAUUCGAUAAGAGUAAGAACAAUUUGUUCAGCGUCCACGUCCACGUGGACCAGCUAGGCUUCGUGUGGGUGAAUCUGGAUGGCGCGGAAAAGCCAUCGGUGCCGUGGGAGGAGUUCUUCGCCGAGGUUGACACGCAGCCGCGGUUGGAGGGAUUCAAUCUGGAUGACUACCACUUUGACCACACAUGGGAGAUGCUCGGUGAUUAUAACUGGAAGACGUUGGCAGAUAACUACAACGAGUGCUAUCAUUGCCAGACUGGUCACCCUGCUGUGGCUGCUACUACAGACUUGACGAGGUAUUGGGUCGAGACGCAAGGAAAUUGGAUCCAGCACUGGAACGUCGACAAGGAGACUGUCCCUGGUCUGGGAAUUCACAGCUGCUACCUCUACCCUAACGCAUCCAUGACCGUAACACCAGACUUCAUGUACAUCCAACGCUGCGUCCCCGUCUCAGCAACCCAAUCCAAAAUGGAGUACGAGGUCUACCGCCACAAGACCGCCACCGACGAAGCCUUCAACUUCAUCUCAGACUUCUUCAAACAGGUCCUCCGCGAGGACAAGGACCUCUGUAACGGUGCGCAAAAGAACCUGAACGCAGGCGUCUUUAUGAACGGGGAGCUCCACCCGCGCGUGGAAAAGGGACCGCUUUUCUUCCAGGAGAUUACGCGGGGCCUGGUGAUGCGGCACAAGGAGCAAGAAGACAAGGAGGGAGGGGAGAUUUGGCCGGCCACGCCGAAGCAUGAUGUUUCUGAUAAGACGGGGGAGGAUGUGUCGUUUUGUCGGAGUCUUGAUUGUGGGGCUGGGUCGGGGCAGAUUGAGGGGUUGGCUUGGUAG